CCAGCAUCUGUCAGUUCUCCACAAGCAGCCGAAUAACGUUGACGUAUUACGCUUUCCAAAGGCGAGUUGUCAUCCUGUCAGUCGUACUGUUUGUUAUUGCCAAGCCAUUCAUCCGAGCAUAUCCAAGCUGCUCUGGUCGAAAGUGUGUCAAGAGUGCAAAAAUUCACUGCGUUUUAACCUAGUGGUAUUCAGAACGGCAGUCGUUACACGACCGUACAAGUUACCUGUGCUCCUUUGUCUUCCCACCUCGUUGUGAUACACCAAGAGGUCAGGAGUUUAUCGAUCCCUCAGGAAUACAUUCUUGGUACUCGUCGAUCGAAAAGAGUGCAUACAAGUAUGUCCCUUGCAAGCGUUCACCCUGCUGAAAUCCAUUCCAGCCAUAGUUCCCUGAUGACUAUCUCUCAUAGCCUCGACGACCUGGCCUCUUUGGGCGUCCACUGGCCGAGUCAGGAGCAUCUCGUCACCAUCGAGCAGCUCCGUAUGGAAAUGACCACCUGCUUCACCUGUGGAGUGUCCUGGAACGACAGCCACGUGUCUCUGGAUUGCUCGGAGUGCGGUGGAUACGCCCUGGACAGGCCGUGUUUGGAAUGUGAGGGAAAGUGCGGGGCCACGUGGAAAAGAGACCUCUCGUUGAGCCACAGUAGCGGUAAGGCUAGGUGGCAGGGGGAAUGUGCUCAUUCCAAGUCGCAGAGCAACACCAAAACCUCUGAAAGAGAUGGAACCACCACCUCCACCAUCACCGAACAAGAAAUCACCAAACGGCUAGCCAAACUCAGUGCCAAUUCAUGACGUCAUUCUACCAUUUAAACAUCAUAUUUAGUUUAUAACAUCCUUCAUCUGUUAGGUUAGUGUAAAAUCCAUUACAGGGUUGCAAUAUUUAUUUAUAUACUUCACAAAAUUUUUCUGUCUCCAUUUGUCGAGACUGUUAUUAUUUUUCCUAGUUAAUUAUGCCAUCAAAUAGGUAAUACUUGAUUGAUACAUAUGAUAUUCACAAUUUUGGAUAAAUUCAUAUCAUCUUCUUACCCCAACCAAAAUUCAGGAAUCUCCAAAUUGGGUGUUUAUUUUUGUUGGUUAACUUCAAAUUGAUUGAAUUUCGAAUAAAUUGUAUGCAUUUCGCGGGAUAUACUUCAAAUAUCAAACUAUGCAGGCAAUAUUGUUAUCUGUAAAAUGUAUCUUAAUAAAAUAUUAGUGAAAUUGUAUAUGAUUCAUAUAAUUGAAUUCCAAUUUAAAUGAAUUUUUUUAUGUUUUUAUGUUCACAGCCUUCAUGAUGAUAAAUUAAAAUUGUCAAAAAUUCAAUAUAGGUAUAUAUAUAA